AUGGCAGACCACGCUCUUCCACCGCACAAGAAACCACCCCGCGCAAAUCGCUGGCCAACGAAAGCAGAUUUUCCAAAGCCGGAUCCUAACCGCUGGAAGGGCAGCUGGGAUGCGCAUGACAGUGCGCAUUGGGAUAGCGACAAGAAGGAUGAAUGGGACAGCGACAAGAAUGAUGACGGCUGGGGCGAUCAAGGCGCCAAGCUGACCGACUGGGACGGCGGGUGGGCGCCACCUCCGGUGGAUUGGGAAUUCCGAUCAGCUUUCAGACCUGGGCAAUCGGAAGAACAGGUGCAGAGAUGGCUAGACAACAGCGAAAAGGCACUUACUGGCACUCUCCUGAAGCGUGAAGCCUCCACCAGCACGACCGAAUUCGAUGGAGCUACCUACGCAUUCGUCAAACCACAAGAUUCGCAGGAGAUCAAACAGAUGGGCGACAUGAUACCCCGAUACUGGAUCCCCUCUACUUUUGGAAGACAAGACCCGCAGACCUUCUGGGAAGAGCUGGUGCGCUCCAACGCACCCGAGCCCCUUGACGACAAAGAUCUACAAGGCGUCAGACCUUGGUGGGAGCUUCUCUCGCAAGGUCAAGAAUUCCUUCCAGAGGUUUCUCAUCCCGACAUUGCAGGAAUUGACCCAGAUGAGAGUUUUGAAGAGCGACUGGCACGCGAGCACGAUCAAGGCGGCCACAAGCAUGUCGAGAACAGACGAAACUACUUACUCGCAACCAAGCAAGCGGAUCGGGAGAAGAAGGAGCGCCAGAAGCAGCGGACGAAGAAGCUGUUGACGAAGCAGUGCAACAGCGACCGCGCUCGGGACAACAAGAAGCUUCGUCCUCGCCAGGAAAAGCUAUUCAUCCGAUCCGCCCGACCAGAAGACUUCAUCGCCAUCAAGAACAUCCUCAACUACCACAUCUGCGAUAAUUGGGCGACAUCCGAGAGUGAGGAACAGACGACGGACGACAUCGCCCAGCGAUACGGCGAGCUCGUUUACUCAAAGAUGCCGUUCCUCGUCGCGUGUGAAAAGGGCGCAGUCCUCAAAGGACGCAGACACAAGAACCGGGCUCCUGACGAUGACAUCGUACUUCCCGACACUGUCCUCGGCUUUGCAUACGCAGACGACUACAACGACAUGAAAGGCAUGUAUCGCUACACCGCCCAGAUCGAAGUCUACACAGACAACAGGCAUUACCUGAAGGGCAUUGCGAGCUGCCUCAUGGACAAGAUGCUGGCAAUGCUCGAUCCGGACUAUCUCGAGCGUGGUGGAUACGAGGUUCGUGGCGACGAGCUCGAAGGCAAGGAACCCAAGAGACUCAUCAAGAACAUCCUCAUUCACUGUCCGUUUGAGAAGCCAGAGCGCCUCGAGUGGAUGACCCGUUGGAUGUCGAGCAUGAAUUUCGCAAAGGUCGGGCAUUUGGAUGGGAUUGGCACGAAGUUGGGCAGAGCUGUCGGUCUGGCUAUCUUUCAGCGUGGGACGGGUGCUCAGCUGAACCAUGCGAAUCCGACGCCAGUCUGA